GGGAGGGGGCUCCAGCGCCGAUCCGAGACAUCCGCGCGGACCUCCGAAUGUUAUGUUUACGCCAUUCUUCGUUCCCCUACCUACGCGCCCCCAAGCGAUGCAGGAUCCGCCGAAGUCUCUCUCUGAGCAGGCAGGAUCGUUUGCACAGAGGGGCCGUAUAGAUGUGGCGGCGGUGUUCUACGCGGCGGCUGCCCAAGACCCAGGAGCGACAGAGUCUCAGCAGUGGGCGGCCCGCCAGAACGCGUUUCUCUGCGGCGAGAAGACUGCAGAAGGUAUUUGGGGCACCACAGCUCCAGAGUUCUUGUGUGAUCGCCGCCAUGCCGUAGUAAGGGAGGUGAUUCAAAGAGCAGUUGCGGGUGGCAAAAGAGUUCUCAUUUUGGGGAGCGCAUUGGGUGCUUACGCGGUGGCAGCCAUCAGAGGAGGAGCAUCGAAGGUAUUGUGCCAAGAAGCGAAUGCCCUUUUCGAGUAUGUUGUUGGGCAGGUGGUUAGCACCAAUAAUAUUGAAGACUAUGUGGAAGUGACUGCAAAGCCUGCUUCGGAGUUGGAAAGAACAGUCGAUGCUCCUUUCGACGUGCUUGUGGUUGCUGAGCGUUUCUGGAGCAGCUCGGUCACACGCAAAGUCAUAGAGGAUCUGACCGCAGUCCUCCCCCUCUUGGCCGCAGACGCACAGAUCAUCCCAGAGAGAGUUUCCGUCUGCGCGCAGGUGUUCGAGAGCGAGACGUUGCGGGUAAGCAAUUGGCUCGAUGUUGAGGCGUUUCGACAAGAAUCGGUGCGGUGGCGGAUUCGCCGUACAAUUCGGCUGCUAGACGCUCGAGAAUGGCGUGGCGCUUGCCUGCUUCAAAGUUCGGCUCGGCCUUGUCAGCACCGGCUGAAUGGACAUUGUUCGAUGCGCGCCUGUGUCGUGGAAGAGAUGGUCUUCAUUCGCGUACGUCCACCAUUGGCGCGGCUACCCUUUCGAUGCGGACCGCCAGCAAGAUGGACGCCAUAGUCACAUGGACUUCUAUGAUUUUAGACGUUCAGGCUUGCCGUGUGAGCUGGGAGCCUGGGGAUUCUGAGGCCACUUGCUGGCAAUAUGCCCAUUAUUUCCGUGAGCCUUACGACGUCAGUGACGGCUGCGAAAUAGAUGUCUCAUUCGAGUUGCGGCACGACGGCAUUUGGCUUGCUGGCAUGAGGACACACGGAGAUAGUAUGGAGCUCUCUCCGUAUCAUACUUGGAUGCUUUCAGAUGAUCCCCAGCGGACAUCUGCGUAUCGAAAGGGCAUCGACUAUGCAGUCCAGUCGCUGCGAGCGAGAUAUAAUGGCAAGGUGACCGUGCUGGACAUUGGUGCGGGGACUGGUUUGCUUUCUUUCUUCGCUGCCCGCGCGGGUGCUGAAGUGACCGCGUGCGAACGCGCGGGCACCACAGUCGCCUUAGCCUCGCGGAUUGCAGAGGCAAACCAGGACAAGUUCAAGCCGGGGAGCGUCAACAUCGUUCAUUCCAAAAGUAUGGAUUUACACAAAGGCGCCGAGCUGGCGGUUGCGCCGCAUCUGAUAGUUUCUGAAAUUUUUGGAACGGACCCGCUAGCCGAGAGCGUAUUGCCAGUAAUCGCAGAUAUUGGCGCGCGUUUUGCAAGUGCGAGCCCCCCAGUUGAAUUCUUGCCUUGUCGCUGCCGGCUAUGGGGUGCACUUGCGAAGGUCCCCGUUGAUUGGCAAGCUCGCACAGAAAGCGCUGUGAGCUGCGGCAUCGAUAUUGGUGAGCACAUGUUUCCCUUCGAGUCUGGACGGAUUUUAGUUGACCUUCGGGAUGAGUUCUGCGACAUCGAGCUGCUCACGGAGCCUGCGAUCCUCGUCACACAUCGGCUAGUUCCUCCUGUAAGAAUAUCUGGUUCCAGCGAGGCAAAGGUUCCUUUGUUGCCAGCGCCAGCAAGAUUGUUCGAAGUUAUGACAUUACGUCGCCCUGAAAAGUCACUGAGGUCGUCCAUGCACAACGAACUCUGCAUAGUCAUGUGGUUCGAUGCUGACUGCAGCACGCAUCCAAGAGACGACGCCGACGAUGAGAUGCGCAUUUCCACUUCUCCAACGGUGCGAAGAGGUGGCCAUUGGACGCAGUCCGUUCAGAUCUUGUCUUCUGGAGGUGUGGAGGAGGGCGUCCUGGACGCAGUCUCUGCGGGCCAGGGCUGUGUGAUCAUCCGGACCGAGUGGAACGUCGACAGGACAAAUUUCAAUGUACGAGUGGAGAGGUUAUGAGAGUAUCCAGCUGAAUCGGUUCGAGCCGCGCUUGCAAUCGGUCGGUGGAUUCCUCCCCAAUCACCUCGGAGAUUUUUUGCAAGACGUGCUCCCCCCCCGCACGCGAUCAAGUAUAAAGCGGCGCUUUACGCUGCCAGUGCCCGAUCUGGUUUGCACACGUGGGCGACGCCAAAAAAUUGGCUCGAUUGCGCCGACAUUGGGUGACGAUGUCAUCUCGCGUACCGCUUCUUCUCGUCGCUCCAGUGCGCGCUGUGCCACGCAGCAGCCAGCUGAAUUCGGACUCGCGGUGCUGCGCUUCGGCGAGAAGAUGCCGCUGCACGCCGCCCAUGGCGCCCCGCAGACCCGCCCCCCACAACGAGCGGCCGACUCGCGCGUCUCCCCCAA